UUUUGGGGGAGCUGAGCAAAUGAUUCCCAUCGAAACCUGGCUACCCUCCUGCACCGACUAAAGCCUAAAUAUCCUCUCUCUCUGAACAUUUAAACGUGAGUUUCAGCUUUUGAUUUUAACCGAUAAAUAGCAAACUGGUGCAAAGUUAAGAAAAGAAUAAAGUAAAUUUUCGGUUGGAAACUUGUAGCCCCGUUAGCUGCCUUGUUGCUAAGCUAGCUGCAGUUUUGUCUCCAGCUAACGAGGUUUGGCUGUGAUGGCCGACUUCAGCAGCAGGAUCAUGAUGUCUUCUGAACACCCAGCGAUCGGAGGUGGGCCUGCAGGAAAAGCGAUUUUGUCUUCAGCCGUGUCAGGCAGUGGAAACAGGGACGUUGCAGAUGGGAUGGACCAGAUAUCUGUGGUGAGAAUCGAUGAUGAACACAUUGCAGAGGAGCAGUCUGAUGUUGGGGGGAAGGUUAAAGACACUGCACAGUGCUAUGAGGUGGAGUACUUGAUGCCUGCAGAGGAGGUCGUUGUGGGAGAGGAAGAGGAAGACGAUGUUUACGUCAUUGAGUAUUCAAAUCCUGAAGAGGAAGGAGAGAGCUACAAGUUCACAAUGUCCGUGGACAGAUCGCUCCCGACCAAAAAGCCAAUAAUUAAACAUCCUUUGGUGAGGGAGAGUGCCAGAGCUCCUUUACCUGUGAUGACCAGCCCAGCCAAACUGCCUAUGCCAGUGAAGCCGAGAGAUAAGGUGAGGCGGAAAAAGAGGAAGCAGCUGGCUGUCAAAAAGGAGGCGAACAAGUUGGAAGUUCUUAGCAACACGGAUGUGUUGAAGCACGGAGAGAACUACAGAGAACUGAUGGGGCUGGACUCCAGUUCAGAUAAAAGAGAACUGGUGUGCACGCUGUGCCCACCGCCCGGAAAACACUUCAAGAGAGCCGCAGGUUUGGCCGUACAUUUAAAACACAUGCACCACAUGGAGGGAAACAAGACGUUCUUCUGUACAAAGUGCGAGCAGACGGUUCGCACCCAGAUUGCACUUGAUGCUCACACAAAACGCCACGCCAACCAGGAGGCCGUGUUCACCUGCCUCCUCUGCUCAGCAGAGACGGACAAGACAGGGUACAAAGGAACAAGGUGGGGUCUGAAGAAACACCUGGAGACGGAGCACCCGGGUAUCAUCCCUCGCUGCAACAUCUGUAAUAAAGGCUUCAAGUCACUUGUGUCAUAUUUGGGUGAUCAGUUCAGGCAUGUUGGCGUGUCGCCCUAUUACUGUGCCCAGUGUCAGAUCUAUGAAAUGACUGAGAGGGGUCUGAGUGUUCACAUCAAGAAUCACGACAAGAAGAAGAAGAGAGAGCAGCUGAAGGAGUCUGGUGAGAUCAACCUGCAGACGUUUGAAACUUCUGCUAACGUCGGCUAUGUCACAGACGAUUCUGACUUCUAAUCAGUUUUGUUUUAUGUCUGUAUUAUGAGUAUUAUGAUGAAAGCAGCACAAGCUCAGUGACCUCUCUGUCAGACCUGUCUGACAUUUAUGCAUCUUUGACUGAACUUUGGUGAUUUUAGAAUUUGCCUCAAGCUGGGUGGAGUCUUCUACCUUUAGCAUCCAUCAGUGUCACAUGUUGAACAGUUGGAGUUCGAGAAAAUUACUUUUUUUUCACAACCUGGGUCUUGUUUAUGUAUAUUUGGCCAUCACUACUCUUCGGUAUGUUUCAUUUUUCUCACAAGCUUCAUUUAGAGGUCCAAUGUGUAGGAUUUAAUGGGAUAU